CUGCCCUUCUCCCUUUCCUGCGAAUAGCGGCCCGAUGCCCAGUGCAGUGACAGUGACAAUGAAGCAUAAAGUACGAAGCCGCUAGAAAUCCGAAGCAAUUCAACAACCAUGGAUGAAGUGGACCGGAUCAUCAUCCGUUCCUUGAAGGAAAUAGGAUGUGAUAUUGAAGAAGAGAUAGAGUCUCUGAAGCAAUUUUCCCCCGAGCUAGUUGUGGAAGCAGCGUCAAAAUGUAUCGAAGCAAUCCAGCCAGGAUCAAGAAUCCCUACAUCUCUUCCACCGUCCAUGUCUCUGCGCUUCAGGAUAGGAGCUACCAUUGCCCAAACAUGUACCGAUAUGGGUUACACUGGGGAGGUUGGAUACCAAACCUUCUUGUACUCCAAUGAAGCUGAUCUAAGAAGGGUGUUGAUGUUCUUGAUUGAAAGACUUCCAAAAGAUGGGCAAGCGGACAAAAUUGUUCAGGAGCCUUCAAGUAGAGCUGCAAGAUUACGAAAUGAAAUUAGUGCCACUAUAACAAAACAGCUGUCAUCUCCUUGGGUACCAAGCUUUUGUCGUACUGAUGGCAUUCGCUGGCAUGAUGAUGGAUCCUUCACAAAGGAAGGAGGGCGAUGUAACCCCUACGUGUCAGAGCCGCUUCAAACUGGAAACACUUCUCAUGGAUGUACCCCUCAAGAGUGGAGAGAGUAUUGCGUCCAGUAUCUGCCUCUAGUGUCAGAUCAAGUAUCGGCAGCAAAUCGUCUGGUUCCCUCCCUCAUCACUCUGAACUCGAGAGGGAUUCUUGCCCCCAGACAGCAACUGGCUGCUCCCAAAGCAGAGGAAUUGCGGAAAACUAGAUCUGAUUUGCUUAAAUCAGAAUUUGACAAGUUGGUCUCUUCUGCUGCUCAACAGAAACUUCAUUCACGGUCCAAACUUAGCUCUCGAUUUGCUCUCAAUGAAAGACUCCAGUUUUCCUCUGAGAAGAGUCCAGAGAAGAAGAAACCACCUGCAGCAGAGAGUGUUGUUGAAGAAGCUGCCUCAGAAUCUGCUGAAGAGCGUCAAAAGAGGCAAGAAGAAGAGGAAGAACUGGCUGUGGAAAAGCUCAAAAGCGAAAAUGACGAUCUGAGGGAGCGCUUGGAGCAACUUCAACUCGAUAUUAAGACAAUGUCUGCUAAAUUGCCCAAGGUGCUGGAUGAAAGAGAUCUCGCUGAACGUGCCCUGAAGGAAGCAGAAGCUCAACAAACUGUUCGCCGCAAAGUUUUGGACCUGCUACCAAAUGCAGACACCAAUAUUGAAAAGCUACAUGCUAUGAUAGAAGCGACUACUAAAAAGCUAGUUAGUUUAGCCUCACAAUGGGAAGAGCAUCGAGCUCCUUUGCUUCUGAAGUACAGAGAAGCACGGAAACUGAAUUCUAGCAAAGCUUCUGAAAGUGCUCGUCAAGUAGAGGCUCUAAGGAUAACUCGAGACAAAGUUUCAGAAUUAACUGAAGAAUUAAGAAACAAGGAAGAACUGUAUAAACAUUUACAAGCUGAGUAUGCAAAAGUCAGCAAAGAUAUUAGCAGGUCAGCAUAUACUAGAAGAAUCAUGGAAAUCAUUGGAAAUAUCAGUAAACAGAAGGAUGAAAUCGAAAAGAUUUUAAAGGACACCAAGGAGCUUCAUAAAGAAAUAAAUACUUUAGCUGGACGGCUUGAUAGAUCAUUCACUGUUGCAGAUGAAGUCAUCUUUAGGGAUGCAAAAAGAGAUGAGGUGUCUAGGCGAGCCUACAAGUUACUGGCCACUCUACAUUCUGAUUGCAGUGAACUUGUUAAAAUGGUAGAAGAAACAGGAGCUAAUGUAAGGGAGUCACGAGAUCUGGAAGAUCAGAUUGAAACUGAAAGGGCUAAAAGUGUUGGUGGGAAUCUGGAAAGAAUAUCAGCAGAUCUGCAUCAAAUGAAACAAGAAACUGCUAGUCUCGCUGCUCAACUCAAGACUAAAUCUGGUGAUGUCUAGUGCUCAAAUUUUCUAUAGUCUACUUUAAGUGCAUUUACCAGUUCAUACUUUCUACCUUCUGUUUUUUUUUUUAAUUUCAUACUUUGCAUAACAAUUAUGUUUGAAAUUGUUAUUUUAUUUGAAGGAACUGGAGAGAACUGUAGAAGCAACUAUAGUGCCUUAAUUCAUGUAAUAUUGCUCAGACUGGGACAAUAUUCCUUUCACUGUACAAAGUAUCCUGAAUAAGGCAGUUUCUUGUACCUUGCCAUGGUUGUAAUCUUACUCUUUUUUUCUUUGGUGUGAUAUGUUAAAUGUUAUUUAGUGUAUAAAUGCUCUGAAUCAUUCUGGCCAAGAGCCAUCUGCCAGUCACAAAUAAUUUGACUUACCCAAAGCCUGCUGGCUGACUCUUGUGAUAUCACCCCUAAACCUGUAAUAUGAACUGUAAUCUGCACAUUGCUUUUUUUUUUUUUUUUUUUUUUUGAUCAAAAAAUGAGAUUAUUAGUUUGCAUUGUAUUUACAAGCAGAAGGUUUUGAGAGGUCCAAUAAACUUUUUAUAUCCAUGUUUUAUCACCUCUUUAUGUUUAUAGAUGUAGCAAUGUUAUCCAGGGUACAUGGGUGCGUGUAUUAUUUUUUUUUACUACACAAACUUAAUUGUACAUUUGAAAUGCAUGUUCAUAAUGGUGUCCAUUCGCUUCUUCAUUGCAUUCAAAGGUGUGAAUUGGGGGAACUACUGUAAAAUGUAAAAAUCGAUGUCGCACUAAUCCAAUAAAUAUUUCUACCUCUGUAA